CCCCAAGCGUCAAUCGUAAUUCUAAUACGGUGUGUCAAAUCCGUGUGGUGUAACGGCACGGUUUAAUAUCCUGAAUAGUUCGCCGCAUCCGCAUCGAGAAAGACCGCAUCUCGACUAAUAAAUUUAUACCAGGUUACGCCAUCGCGGCCUACAGGGAAAAUUAUUACGAUGACAUUGCCACAGGCUGCAGGGUCGUAAUAAUUUUCGGUGUCACUACAUAUAAUUGAAUCGUACGACGCGACGCCGCAAAUAUAUAAUACCUACGUUUCGUUCGAUAAUAACGCAUUUCUCUGAUUCACGACGUUUGUCUUAAAUAUGGUGCCUCACCCGACAUCAAGCGUACCACUGUACUUGGUUCAAUUUGAUUAUAAUUGGACGAAGGAGGGAGUUUUCUAGGCCCGUUAACGUUGUAUUCGCAAUUAAACUAACUCUCGUAAGCGUAUAAAAAAAUUAUUACAGGAAAAAAAAAAAAAAAAAACAAAACAAAACGAACGCGUGUCGAAUAGCUGUAACCAUUCGUGCGAACCGGUGCAGUGGAUCGACAAACUGGUUGGGUCUCCGCUACCGUUGCUGCACCAGCGGCAAAAGCCGGACGCGUCGGUGUCGCAAGUUUUGUACCGUAUAUCCCACAGCGUAGGUAACGUAGUAUCGACCAUGUAGUUGAACCUCUAGCACAGGGUGCAAACUGUUAUAUGAAAAAAAAUAGACCAAGAAUUUUGAAAAAAAUGCGAGAGAUGGUCAAGGACGCUGCAGCCGGCUAGGUGAUUCGGCAAGGAAUUCGCAUAUUAUUAUUCAAUGCGUUACGCGGGAGAUGGUAUGGAUCGUCUAGAAAAGAUCGUCGACACGUGUCCGUACGAUCGCAGAGAUUGUUUGUUGCACGGAUGAGUGAGACAAACAGGUUUAGUUUUUACUCCCGUAUAGUUUGAUGAGUCGGCCCAGAGCUGGUAGAUGAUAAUCGAGGAGAAGGGAAAACCCAAUAAAUGAAAAAAAAAAAACGAAAAAAAUUACAAUCUUUGUAAAGAAUAAAAAUAAAACCGUAUAAGGUUUAUUUGCCCGAGCAGUAACGUGUAGAACGAUCAUGCGGGAUAUAUAGCCUUGACGCGAUUCGUUCGAGAGUCGGCUAGCUGUUUUCGCGAGGAUGACGUACAUUUGUGAAAAAUAAAUUAUAUAUGAAAAUGAAAAUUAUUCUCCACGCAAAUUAAGUGCAUAGCUUACAGAAUAACACGAGAGAGAAACGGAAUUUUAUCGUACAUGCACAAUCUCCCACCGAUAUACGUACAUGCACAUUAGUAUGAUAAGGAUACAAUAAUUAAUGAGAAUGAUAUCUUUGCAAUUAAAUUUAUUGUUCGGUUGUGACCCACACCACACGCUCUCGAUUGUAGUUGGCAAACCUCCAAUAAAUGAAUACGUUCCGUCUACUCCGAGCGGCUCGAUUCUAUCGAAUCGAUAGAUCUCCCGACAAUCAAAGCGUCUAUAACUGGCAGUUGCCCCCGGAAGUUUGUCCUCGAUUCAGCGCCGAUUCAAUCGAUCACAUGUUCGCCUAGAAUAUAUGCUUACGCUUACGAUACCCAGAUACGUAUAGGCGGCGGCUAAGGAGGAGGAAAUGAUGCAAAAAAAUUACAAUCGUAUAUCAAAAGACUCCGCGAUGUCUCGCGCCGUACAUAUAUCGCGCGGGGUUAUACUUUUACAAUGCGAAUUAUAUUCGCGUCGGGUAUAUCAUUGUAUGUGACGGAAAAAUCUUUGACAUCCGAUCGCGCUCGUACGUCACCGAUACCACCGAUUGUGGCCGGCUCUGCUGCUUCACUAGCCAAUCAUCAAUCAAUCGGUUCGUACGUUGGGUUCUAGGCUUCCCACAAGGUGAACGAGUUCGUACGGAGACCGAACGGAAGGGUCUUACAACGAGAUUAUGAAUUUAUGAUUUAAAAGAGGCGACCCGAAGGUUUCUCCGGUGACCGAACACACGCGUACACGAAUCGAAACGAUAUCGCUGAUGUUCCUAUUCGUAUCCUCGUAGCACGUGCGUACGAUGUAGCGGCGAUUUUUUACGAUCACGAGAUGUGUAUCUGCGUCGCACGUGUUUUUUUUAUCUCGUUCUCUUUUCGCUUUUAUUAGAGAAGCGAAAUAUUUGUUGGCAGACGAAUCGACGGCAGCCGAACGAUUCCUUUGGCGCAACUCGAAUGCGGAAGUUUAAGUGUCUGGUGGCGGAUGAGUGAAGAUCACUCCGAAGUGGAGGCAAUGCUCUUAACAUUCGAUCACCGAGUGAGCCGCCGCGUAUACACGCUGUAUGUAUGUACGUGGAAAUCCAAUCGCCCCACUCUUUCCACACUAUUAUUACAUCGUUAACGGGUCGUACGAGUUCAAGGCGUCGCAAGAGAGCCACCGCGAUGUGUUGUAUCGAUGGGAAAAAAAAACGGAGAAAAAAAACGAACAAAACGGCUCGACAGGACGAGCGUAUGUAAUUAUCUAUGGUAGAGUCAUCGUAUGGAGCCUUUCCACGGGGGAUUAUAAAUCUGCCUCGGUCGUAAGUAAUAUGCGGUAAUUCAGUUCAAUUCUCCCGAUGGAAAGGUUCGCUUGACAGUUUUAUAAGCCGUGUGAAAAAUUGACGGAAGUUUGUUAUACGCUUUUGAAAAGCGUCUUCAAGGUUCAUCGGUUCUUUGUCGUUAUCAACGACUCGAUUCCGGUGAAUAUCGUUCAACGCGAUCGCGGUGCUCCGUGAUUCGUUAAAAAUAUGGCUCUCGGUAGAUCCCGUUAUGAUAUUCAAUCCUUUCGAAAGCGUGGAAAAACUUUACCUCACACCCGUAUCGCCGCUCUAUCCCUCACGAUGAAUGACAUAUUUCACACGUACGGAGAGAACGCCCAGCCAUCCGGCGAGAGUGAUGUGAAUUACGUACAAUUAGCUAGUGAACGUUUGCCUAAAAGGACACGUUAUUCACGUGUCGUUUGAAUUUUCCAACGUUCUCAGUGGACUGCAACAUGCGGAAUAGCCCGACAAGCGGCGCCACCGUGACGUUGCGAUUAAUCGGCCGAUCCAUCGCCGAUUUCCCGCGGAUUCGAAGCGCAAUGUGUAAUAGAAAAGGACCUUUAUCUAGAGGGACAGCGUUGAUUGGGCGUGCAAUUUGUUCGGAACAUCAUGUGUACCGAGAGAGUGCAAAACGAGUAAAUAACGAAGCUGAACGAGGUAAUUUUCUUCUGGCUAAAAACAUGUUGUUCCUGAAAAUGAACGCCGCGCCAGGUGUGUCGCUAUUUCGGGCAACAGGAAAAUUACACGACAAAGGAAGAAAUGAGGAACGACCGCGUGGCUUUCCAACUGACAGUCGAUGUGACCGACACCCAGCCAUCGCCAGCGCCUGCAGAAUAAGAUUUCGCUUACUCAGGAGCCAGUGUCAAGGUGUAUUCGCCUGUAGUCGGCUCACGCAUACAACGCUCCUCGGCUGCCAACUCAUUGCUCAGGUUCUGGUUUUACAGCUGAAAACGCGUCGCAGCGCCUCAUCUCAAUCUGUACAUUUUAUUACCCAAUGACGACCACGCGAUGGACAAAGAUACUCCUGGUUCACCGCUGCUGCAGAGGUAUAUCUAUCUGUCUCUCGUCUCGAGAAUCACGGCCUAUACAUAACACGUAAGCCAAAGAACUGUAUGCUCUCCUAAAUAUAACUGCUGUUUGCUCUGGCUUUGAAUAGAGACCCCGAGAGAUGCUGAGCCAAGAAAAUAAAAAAAUUUUCAUCGAUAGUUCAGGUCGGAAUGGAUUAUUAUUACAUAUUAUUGAGCAUCUCAUUUGUGUGGUUCUGAAUUGUCGGGCUCGCAUUGAAUCGGAAUUUGAAUUCCACAUAAAACGCGUUAUUACUAAACGAAUUAAGCGGAUCUCGAAAAGGAAUUUCAUCGUUGGCGUGCGUGUUUCAACUAAACUUCCAUGGAUCUGUGUGACUUCCAGAACCGUGUUUUGAAGCACUUCGGUUAAAACUCGUAGUUAACAUAGGUGUGAUAAACCGCACAACACACAUAGGUGCUGUAAACGGUGGUUCGCGAUUGUCCCCCAUAGAUAAUCUUAUUAUACUCUCUCUCAUUAUCGCAAUUAUUGCGGCAUGAUCCACCUGACGGUUGCGGGUCGAUGCGUAGUAUAGUACGCGUACAGCUCUUUAAAAGGUAAACAUGAUCGUCUAAUGCUGAAAACUUGUACGCUCUGUAGAAUGAUGAUAACCAGAACGAGCAAUAUAAUUUUUCCAUAAAACUGGUUUAUGAUCGCCGGUGUUUACUCACAAACGAAUAUUUUUCCCCAAGAUAUAAUGAAAAAACAAAAAAAAAUCGAUUCGCCGAUGUAAAGCAAAUCGACAGUAUGAAAUUUGAUGGGACCGGUCGGUGUCGUUAAAUGACAUUCGAAUGUUGCUAGUUAUUUUGCUUCAUUUCUGGAUAUUUCUCAUUACUUGCGCCCGAAACAAUCAGAGUACGAUAUUCUGCAUACCAUUCGGUAUGAUAGCGAUAUUUUUUUUUAAAGUCUGAAAUAAUUUUUCCACUGACCUUCAAACGUUUCAGUUUUCCAUCUCUCGCUGCUUGAUAAACGAAGCUUUUAAUAUCCAUAUUUUCAUACUACGGGGCACAAUGUGCCUGCUGUUUUGAAAAUCCCCCUUAUUCGUGUCAGCUGCGGGUUCUUUGUCUCGUCGAGGAGCGAAGCAACCGAGGAAUGGAUUCCCGAGUCCUGGUUUCUUGGUUAUUGGGAUCUCCGGGGUGUACUUUUCGAUUGUCAGAGAAACACUAUAGGUGCAAAGGAAGUCAAAGUCGUCGAAGGAAACUCUACGAAGACUCGCUCAACCGCUGACCAGGCUAUACCACCUCUUGCUUCAAAUGUUUUUUCAUUGACGACGAAGAGGAUGCUGGCAACUUGUGUCACGAUUUUGGGCAGCUCUGUACAACAUAGACAUACAGAUGUACCGAAUAUCUCUACGUAAUUAUGCGAACCAUAUAUUUCUCCCAAUAUUACCAUGGAGAUAUUUUUAACGAUAAGACACGCGCUCUGUUCGCAGCUAUCCUUCAACACAUCAUCACAGUUGAAUUAAAAUACCUCUAAAGAGGGAGCCGCGCGCUCGCUACUUCUUUGCCCUGUCGCCCGGGACUACUAAAGUACUAACAACUCCAGCAUCGAUCGUUGUUCUUCCUCCUCUCCUGUCGCGCCGCUGCAUUUGCUUCUUCCUCCACAGCUCGUCGCUCGUCGCGCCUGCUGCCACCAAAGUCAGCUCACAAUCAGACUAGCGAACGCCAGAAGGUUAGACUAACCGUGCGUAAGACCGACGGAGUCGUGGCGCUGUUGCUCGACUGUUCUCUGUUGCUUUUAUUACUCAUCUCUUUUUUCAUCAGCUGUCUGCUUUUCAUUUUUUUUACGACAGAUACGAGCAGUACGAUCAGCUCGAUCAAAAAUACCCCGGUCGAUAAGAGCACACUUGUCAAGUGUCGGCAAGUCAUCUCUGGCGUCGGAGUCGAACCGAUGCUUGCUUUUCUUUCCCCAAAUCGCAGCCUUCUUUACCUCAUGGGUCGGUGGAGCUUUUCGAACAAGAGCUUCGAGGGUGGAAACUACCCUAUGUCAUUAGGAUUCGAUUCUGACUUUGAUUUAAUCUGGUCAUGACUUCGGAUACUUUUGAAAAUUCUAUAUUUCUGAGACAAAAUUCGACAAAAAAUCUAGAUUAAGUAUUUUCUGGUCUAAAACUUAAAGCAGAUUUGGCAUGUACAAAAAUAGUUUGAGUUCCUGGAAUAUUCCCUCGUACAAUAUUACAGUAGUAUACAAUCAACAUGAUAAUAAAAUGUGACAUUGAUACCGAGA